ACGGCCGGGCACGGGACGGCCGGGCACAGAACGGCCGGGCACGGACGGGCCGGGCAUGGAAGGGCCGGGCUGGGCCGCGGAGCCCAGCGGAGCGGCGGACGAUGGAGAGGGCGAGCCCCGCUGGCCCCCGCGCCCCGAGGAGGACACGGGCCGCCCUGCAGAGCCGCGGUGCGAGACUGCCCUGGCCAGCCCGCAGCCGACCCCCACGGGCCUGCCCACCCUCCUGGCCUACAGACCCGAGUCCUCGCAGGCAAACGUUCACCAUGAGCAGGCAGAGGAGGAUGCUGAGCCAUCGUGCGAGUACUGUGGCAACCUGCUGAGGCCGUUCCCCUUCUCCGAGGAUGUGCCUCUCUCUGAGGACCAGGAAGACAGAUUCUGCUGCGAGCGCAGCCGAGAGCUCUAUGAGUUCAUCGUGAAGGAGAAGAAGAGGCUCAAGGAUGCCAGCAGCCUUCCCAGAGCUGUCAGCACCCAUGAAUCCCUCGGCUCUGAAGCCAACCUGCCGCUGUCAAAGGAGCAGGACAGCCAGAGGCAGCAGAGGAGACACCUGGCUAUAGAGUUGGCUGACUCUUUAAGGCCGAGUGCCACUAAAGGUUCACAGCAAGCUGGAUCUAUUUCCUACGAGCCUUCCCAGGAACUCUCAUCUCCCGAAGGUGGGACACCAGUGCCUGUUGCGAGUGCAGCCGAGCCUGAGCCAGAGCCCGAGCCAGAGCCCGAGCCCGAGCCCCGGCCCGAGGAGGGGCCCGAGCUCGAGCCCCGGCCAGAGGAGAAGCCUGAACCGGAGCCCCGGCCCGAGGAGGGGCCCGAGCUGGAGCUUCGGCCCGAGGAGGGGCCCGAGCCGGAGCCCCGGCCCGAGGAGAAGCCUGAACCAGAGCCCCGGCCCGAGGAGGGGCCCGAGCCGGAGCCAGAGCUUCGGCCCGAGGAGGGGCCCGAGCCGGAGCCCGAGGAGGGGCCCGAGCUGGAGAAGGAGCCUGGGCCCGAGCCGGAGCCCUGGCCCGAGGAGGGGCCUGAGCUGGAGAAGGAGCCCAAGCCCGAGUCCAGUCCUGAAGAGAAGCCCAAGUGCAAGCCCAAGAAAAAGUGGGACAAGAAACCCACGUCCCGCGGCGUCCUCGGCUAUGACUUGAGUCUUCUGGCGAAGAAGGUGGGGAAGGGUAAAUUGGUGCAGAAGUACUACAAAAAUGGAAAGAAAUUCCUUACCAUUCUCCCAGAUGGACCCUCGCAGUUAUUCUAUCCAUCUGGAAACCUGGCCAUCAUCAUUACACAAGCGAGAGACCAGCUGACGUGCAUAGUACAGGAAGAUGAGCCAAGGACAACCAAAAUCCGAGCACUGUUUCAGUCGGAUGGCAGGAGCACAUGCUAUUACCCAACUGGAGAUGAAUGGAUAAAUAUGAGUCUCCAAGGUGGGCAGUAUUUGGACCAAGCAGGCAACAGGGUAAGAAAGUGGAUGUGGCCGAACUUGUCACCAGGACCCCAAGUCCCACUGAGCCCCAUUUUCAUCUCCCUGAACUGCCACGUGGGGGUCAGGAUCCUGGCCCAGGACAAGAUCUUCGUCUCCUUCCUCGCCAUGGGGCGACAAGCAAAAUUCAACAUGGGAACCAAAGUGCAGGUCAGCACCAGCAGCCAGCUGCCUCCUCCAGCCCAGCUGGGUGAGGAUGAGCUCCUGCUGCUUGCCUUCCGUGUGAGGAUCCUGCAGCUCUGCGACAGGAUGCGGGGAUGCAUCAACUUCCCUUCCAGUGAGCAGUGGAACAAAAUGCAGCCUCCCAUGUACCUCAUGACCCAGGCUGUGAAGAUCCUGGAGCUCUGCAUGGCUGCCGACAUAAGUGAUGAGCUGCACAGCUCCAUCAAGGCCAUAGUAAAUGCCCAGCAAUUCUGACCUCUGUGUGUGUGGUGUAAGGCAAAAUGAGCCAGAGACAGUCUCUGAUGCUGUGGCACCUGCACGUGCUCAGCAAGGUUUCUCCUCUGGCCCUGCCUGCCCUGGUGCAGAGCAAAGGGCAGCCCAGGCUGAUCCACACAGCCCCAAAUGGGUCUUUCUCAGGGCAGGCAGUACCAGCCCGCAGUGACACCACCUUGGUCAUGGAGGCACAAGAGGGCUUUGCUCGAGCAGAGCAAUCCCGUGCUCCGCAGCAGUGCACUGCUCCUGAGCGGGCUCCCUAAUGUCUCCAGCCCCAGCGGAGUAGUCGCUUCAGCCCUCGGGUAAGGCACAAGGACAACGAGCACACCCAAGCAGGGCUUGGGACAGCUACACGGGCAGUUGUUUGCUCAAGUCGUCCACACCUCUGCCGCUCCUAACGAGGUGGCACCAGCAGGAACACCCCAAGUGCUCCUGGUGCCCGUGCCCACGGCAGCUCAGCCAGCUGCAGGUACAAGACACAGUGGUUCCCUGUGCAGAGAGCAACAAAUGCCCUCAGAGUGCCCAAAGCAAUCCCCAAUCACCUAUGCUUGGCUCCAGGGAGCACCAGCUGCAGCCUGGGAUGGGCUCUGGUUCAAGCACUGCAAACACAAAGCAGUCAGUGGGUGUUUAGAGACCUGUGGUGCUGCAGUCAGCAGUGAGGAACCUCCCAGCCUCUCAGAGCUGCCUUUCAAACUAGGGGUUCACCUGGCCAGCUUCCCCCAGGGAGGCCACAGCUCAACUGUGGCAGGUGCCUGAAGGAUCAGACCAAGCCCCAUGUGCCCUCCCCACACUGGAGGUUCUUGGGGGCUUACACAUGACAAAUGCAAGGUCAGUAACUUUGGAAAGUUGGCUUUUUAUAUAGUUUUUCAAGCAUGUCCAUCGGUGACAAACAAGGUACUUCACACAGGAAAUGGGAACUCUUUAUUUCAAUUAAUGUUCUUGGGUUCUAUUCAGGACAGCAGGAAGGCCCAGAUCAUCUCUCAAAUGGCCAAGGAAGAACUGAUGGAGCUGGCCCACAUGAUUAAAGAGCAGCUGAUUUUAAUUUUCACUGAAGUCACCAAGUGAUGUAAUAAUUCUGCAUAUAAUUUUGCUUAUAUAAUUCAGUAUAUAAUGCACUGUUUGACUCUGCCAUAGAUUUUGAAAAAUAUACAAACCUGUUUUAACCACAUUAAAGAGAUUUGAUAGACAGCUAUCAAUUACUCAACAGCUUAGGACAGUAUCAGACACUCCUAUAACUUCAUUUUAAACUACAAAAAGAACAUAAAUUCAUAUAAAAUACAACAGAUUAAACAAACUUCUCUUUUCAAGGAAAAAUUAGGUAUCAACUCAAUCUGCCAUAGUGUGAAACAUGUAUAUAAAAUAAGUUACCAUUAGUAAUGCCUGCAUUGCUGAUCUAUGAACUGGUCGAAUGAAGUCUUAAAAAAACUAUACAGUAUUAUUGCACUCAUGGCUGUGCAGUGUGGACUGGCCAGCACUGAAACAGGGCUCAUUGAGUGUUUGUCCAGGAGGCACAACGUGGCUGCAAGAGAGGCAUCCAGCCUGCACCAACAGCGGCUGUCUUCAGUGCAGGCCUUCAUGGGUCUGCACCACGCGGCCCAGGAACCACCACCCAACGCCUGUGGAGAGACACCUGGGUUACAGCCAGCAACACCCUGUGCCACAGCAGCACACCGGCACUGAGCCUGCCCCGAGGUGGGGAAUUGUAAGCUACGUGCUUUGAAAGCCACAGGUGACGUGGGGACGUGGAAGUGGUUUGUCAUAAAAUACCUACAGGAUGUGAACUCCGUGCUACCAAAAGUCGUGGAGCUUUUGCAGAGGAGCAGGGCAGCACACCAGAGCAUGACAGUAUUCUGCUCUCCAGGGUUAAGCAAGGAACAGACAGCAGCCUGUUCUCCAAGGCGCUGGAAUUCAACUGCAUUAAAAGCCAGGGAGACCUUAAGCCCCUGGACAGAGGCUGUUCUAAUGCACAAAAGCGAUGUUUCUGAUCCCUGCACCACACAAUUCAUGGACAUUAGGCCUUCUGCCUGCUGUAACCUUCUCCUGCCUCAUGGAAUGCCAGCUUCCUGCUCCGAAACAGGCAGAAUGAGCCACAUCCCAAAACCUCCCACCCAAACAGCCUCUGUGACACCACAUGUGGCAGUUUAACAUCAUGGGAGCUGGUUCACCAGAAACGUUUAACUGAACAAACACACAAUCCUAAAAUCCAGUCUGCAGUGUGCCCGUCUUACCUGGGCACACGCACUGGUGACUGGAGGAGACUUACGAGAAGUUUCAGUGCUGAUCGAUGGGGCUAUGAUCGAUGAUGGGGCAUUGACUCCAUGUGCACAUUGAGCUUCAUCUCGUUAUCAAGGAUCUGUACAAGCUGCUGCAUGGAAGGGAGGUGGCCAGACUCCAGCUUAGACCACACUGGGACAUC